AUGGCUGCCGUUUGUUUUGAUGACGAGGGCUACAAUGGGUUAAUAGGUACCCCAUGGCAGCACAUUGACAUCAGCUCCAGUAUCCAACUUAAAUGUCACUGGCUUCUUGUUAAUAUACAGAGUCUCAGAAUACUGCGUAGAACAAUUGCUAAAACACUAAAUGAAGCACACUGUGCCAAUGCUUGUUACUUGUUCCAACAAGACAAAUGUUACGACAUUUCGUACGACACUGGGGACAAGUCUGUCCAGUGUGGACGUAAGGUGGACGCCUUCAAGUUGUGGCUGAUGUGGAAGGAGAGAGGUCACAAGGGAUUUGAGAGAGAUAUUGAUAACAUAUUUGACAUGUCCAGGUAUUUGACCCAGCUGGUAAAGGACAGAGAAGGUUUUGAGUUAGUGUUAGGGGAGCCACAGUGUACCAAUGUCUGUUUCUGGUAUAUCCCUCCUAGCCUGAGGUCUUUGAAGAGAACUGCUGAAUGGUGGCAGAAGCUAGGCAAGGUUGCCCCCAAGAUUAAGGAGAGGAUGAUGGUGGAGGGGACCAUGAUGGUGGGAUAUCAGCCUUUGGGCGAUUACGUCAACUUUAUACGUAUGGUUAUCAGCAAUCUUAACGUUACCAAGGAAGAUAUGGAGUUUGUGGUGGUAGAAAUAGAACGCCUUGGGAAGGACUUAUAAUGCCACUAUGAUGUGCAGAUGUCGGAAACAUUACAGCAACGUUCUCUCAUGAUGGCUGACUACCCUCUACCAGGGUCUGAGUUAUUAUUGUGGACUUUUUUUUUUGCUGAAUCAGACCAAAAUGACUGUCUAUUUAUCUAGAGACCUAUCUGUGAAAAAUCAAUCUGUCGCCCUGGUAGAGGGUAAUGGCUGACAGACAAAACAUAUUAUAGCUAAUAAAGUACAUGUAUCAGCUUAUUUUUCAAGCCAUAAA